UGUGUGAGACAGAGAGAGACAGAUAUAGAGAGAGAUAGCUAUUUGGCUUAGACAUGAGAUUAUUUGAAAACAAUAGUAUUGAAGCACAACAAAAACGGUAAGACUAUAACAGCUGGUCUGAUCAGUUUUGUCAUGACUUAAAAAAGUCCACUAGUUAUUUGUUAUUAAUGUUGUUUGUCUCAUCGGUUUCAGCUUUGUUUUACUUUUGAAAACAUGUAAUUCAAUUUAUUAUAAAAGUCCAAAGACGUUUCUUAACCUUCUUUCCAUUCAAUAUAAAAUAGUCAAAGGAUUGUACUAUCUUCUCAUCAAUCAAAACACAAACUCGAUAAAGACUCAUAUAUUUGGAGAAAUAUUUCUUCUUUUCUUUGCUUAUCUCAUAAUGUCUAUUAAACAAGUUUUUUUCUUUAUGGUGGUUGUGUGUGUUGUAGUCUCUGCCAAUGCUCAACUACCGCAGUUUCCCAUCCCAUUUCCUUUUCCACUCCCAUUCCAACCAAGUCCCGGUAUUCCCGGAUUACCUGAUGUAGCAAAAUGUUGGUCUUCAGUGAUGGAUAUUCCAGGAUGCAUUAUAGAGAUUUACACAUCCAUACUCACAGGACAAUUCGGACAUAUAGGUCCUUCUUGUUGCAAAGCAUUUUUGGAAGCCGAAGCCAAUUGCUUACCGAAACUUCCAUUCAACCCACUUUUUCCUCUCAAAAAACAAUGUUCAAGAAUUGCUAACACAGCUCCUCCUACCACAAAAUAGAGUUUUAAAUUAAUAGAUUUAAUAGCUGUGUCAUUUUUAUUUUUCAAGGUAUUUUAACCUUUUAGCUAAAUUCUACGAUGUUAUCCUCCAAAAAUACGAUUAUAUAAACAGCAUUUUAGAAGUAAAAAACUUCCAGCAUAUCCUUCUAUAUUAACGAUGCGGUUCAUGCCUGUGGGGAUUCUAAACUAAUCUUACUUAUAAAACAUACUUAAAUUAUACUACAAACUAAAACUAUUCAAUUUUUCAUAUUUGGGAAAGUACAUGGGUUGCAUCUACAAAAUAAAUAUAAAG